CGUUACUCUGCAGAAACAAAAUCCAAACAUUUUUAAAAGCUUGAUUUUUCUUUUGGAGUUUGUUGAAGUUUCACACUGAAACUCAACAAACUUGAGCUAAGCCACGAAUUACCAAGAAAAAACCAUUACCAUAGCGAUAACAGUGACGAUGGAGGAUUCACAAGGAAAAGAGGAGAGAAAGCGUUUACCAAGAUACAUUCCCGUUCUUCACGCUCACCAGAAACACGCAUUUUCCGUUAAGAAGAGGUGCAGAUGGCCGGAUUCCAGUCCGCACGUUAGACCGGGGUGCAUCUUCAUCUGCAGCUGCAGCUGAGCCGACUGGAUAUCCAGGAGGGCCGUACGAUACGUCUCUUUUGGUGAAGUACGAGCAUCAUGUUGCUCGACAUAUAUGGUUCGGUGAGGAAAGAGGACCAAAGAAAGAGUUGAAGGUUGCCGAACAUGGACUGAAGUUGACUUCUAGGGUUCCAUUGGCUCUUCCACCACAGAUGGAGAGUUGGGUAUCUAGAUCCGAUUUAGCUUCACUGCAGAGAACGAGUCUGAACAAGAUAGACACAAAUCUUGUCUCUGCAUUUGUGGAAAGAUGGCAUCUAAAGACAUCUUCAUUUCACAUGCCGUUUGGUGAAAUGAGCAUUACUUUAGAUGAUGUCGCAUGUCUACUUCACUUGCCCAUUAGGGGAAUCUUUUGGAGUCCUCAGGAUGUGACUGAAGAGCUAGCUGUUGAACUUGCUGUUGACUACCUAGGAGUGUCACAGGGUCAGGCACAGUCACAUGUUCGGAGCUGCAGGGGGUCGUAUUACAAGUUGGAGUGGUUAUAUGAUAUAUUCGUACAUCAUAGGGCUGCUUCCAGCUGGGCAUAUGCGACUAGAGCAUAUCUAUUGAUGUUGGUGGGUUCCACCAUAUUUGCUUAUAAGACCUUUACACUUGUAGAGGCACGAUACCUCCUCCUGUUUAGGGACUUGGAUGGAUGUUCAGGAUAUAGUUGGGGAGCAGCUGCACUAGUUACCCUCUACCGAUAUCUUGGAGAUGCGUCCAUGUACAGUUGCAAACAGCUAGGUGGAUAUCCUACUCUCCUACAGUGUUGGAUUCACGAGUAUUUUCCAACUGUUGGAAAAAGAGGGGAGAAUUGGAAUCCUGCUAGAAACUGUGGUCUUCCCCGAGCGAUGAGAUGGUCGUAUAGACAGGGAGUCCUGAAGGUCGAUGAUUUACGACCUAUUUUGGACGAGCUAACACCUACCGACGUCAUCUGGCGACCAUUUGAGGAUCAUAGAGCAUGGCGUGUAUUUGAUGAGAUAUGUCUUUACAGGGGCUGUUUGAAGUGGGGUGAAACAGUUGUUCCAUACUUGCCUGAUAGAUGUUUGCGUCAGUUCGGGUAUAGGCAAUAUGUUCCAUCCCCACCUCUGGAUUGUAUGAUGGCGACGGAUAUUGAUGUUGAUUGGAUCAGUUACCAUCAGAGUGUUGUCGAUGUGAUCGGUUCAUCUUCCGUGGCCACCACUCCAUCUGAGGUAGUAGACGGUUAUCUGGAGUGGUAUUAUCGUGUUUCCCAUCCACGGUUGGUCCCUCCCCAUCGUGACGCUCCUAGAGAGGUACCCGUUCCUGUAUAUGACGCCGGGCCAUCUGAUCCUGAUUGGGCUCGUGUAUCUACAUUGAUUCGUCGUUAUCUGAGACAGGUUAAUGCUGAAGAGGAAGAUCCACAGUUUUCUGAUUUAUUUGAAGCUUUGCAUAUUUCUCGUUCACAUUGAUUAUAUGUAUUAAGCUUUGAAUAUAAUAGACAUAAUAAUAUAGAUUUCAUGUUUUGAUUACA